AUGGACGAUGCUGAACACGAUCUUUUGGAGAGAAAAGAUGAAGAAAUUUUAGAGUCCUUACAAGCGGAAUUGCGAGAAUGGACAGUCAGUCAACCCUAUUUCGUUAAUCCUAGAAUUGAUCAGGCGUUCCUGCGACGCUUUCUGCAUCACCGAAACUACUCUAUUCAUCAAGCUAAGGAAGUACUAGAGCGGUACCUCAAGGUUCGGACAAAUUUUCCUCAUUGUUACCAAGGGCUAGACAUUGAAGAUCCAAGCCUAUUUGACCUCGUGUCUAAUGGUUUCGUAUUUCCACUUCCGGAAAAAGACAAAGAUGGCCGCACUAUAAUCUUCAGUAUUGCAGGAAAGCUUGAUCCAAAACGUCAUUCUCCAAGAGACCUCUUCAGAGCAUUUACGAUAACAUUUGAAACGCUUCUAGAAGAUGAGGAGAAUCAAAGAAAAGGGUUUACUUACAUAUUUGACCAGACUGACUUCUCCUUAGGCCACUUUACAUUUGUUGGCUUAAAGGAAACCCAACGACUUUUAUCAGCAGGAGAAAAAGCAAUGCCGAUGCAUCAUAAAAAGAUCCACUGGUUUAACAUGCCAACAUACCUUCUUUUUAUCUACGAACUCUUCAAGAGCCUACUCAGUAAAAAAAUUCAGAAAAGGAUGGUUGUCCACUGGAACGUAGAAUCUCUUCAAAUGCACUUUCCUGCAACAAUACUUCCAAAGGAAUAUGGCGGCCAGAUCACUGUCCAGGAACUUGCUGGCUGUUGGGUUGAAAAGCUGCGUGAAAGAAGGGAACAUCUACUUCUGCUUGAUCAAAUGAGUUAUGACGAAUCCAAGAAAUCGAAAAAUAAAAGAGAGUCCUCUUAUCCAAUUGUAAACUUCCUAGGAAGACUUACUUGGGCAAACAUUUACUGA